AUGCCUGAAUCAAAACUUGGAAGGGUGUAUGCGAGUUUCAUGAAAGACAACAACAUAACUGCUGAUUCCAGAUUACCUGUGCAAUUUAUUGCUGACCCUGAGUUGGCUUAUGUUAUGCAAAGAUAUAGAGAGAUUCAUGAUUUAGUCCAUGCAGUGCUGUUCAUGAAAACUACAAUGUUAGGUGAAGUUACAAUCAAAUGGGUAGAAGGGAUACAAACAAAACUUCCAAUGUGUAUCAGUGGAGGAAUUUGGGGAGCAGCAAGAUUGAAACCAAAACACCGUCAACUGUACCUGAAAUAUUAUUUACCCUGGGCAAUUAUGACAGGAAAUAAUGCCAAAUUUUUACAAGGUAUUUAUUUUGAAAAACGAUGGGACCAAGAUAUAAAGGAUUUUCAUAAAGAAAUGAAUAUUUCAAAAUUGAUACUACAA